GCUUUAGCCAGCAUGGCUAAUGAUGGUUAAUGUCAGAAGUUGCAAUCCUUCUUGAAGAACCACAUGAUUCUCAGCCCAGCCUAUAUGAAAAGCUUGACAAACUGAAGCAGCAGAAGUUCAAUAAAAUGAACAUCAUGAUGAUUCGGCUGUUAAUUCUGCUGUUCUUUGGGCCAUUUUGUUCACCUGCACCUCGACUUUCGGAAAGGGAUGACUGCUUGUUUGAAAACAGCAAACUCCAACAGAAAUUGAAAACACUCCAAGAUUUAUCCCAGCUCUAUGAACUCCAGCUGAAAGACCUCCUGGGGAACAAUUACCACAGACAAACAAGCAAAGUUUUCUCUGCCAGGGGGCCAUCACCACAAGACACGCGUUUGCCCACAACUAGUGGGAGUCUCUUAGUCUAUGAUCAAGGUAGAUUUUGUCUGGCGGCGCACCCUGUUCUUGAGAGGGGUAAGGAAUGUGUGGCCCUUCAGAAGUUAUUGGCCUGCCCCUGCCACUAUCCUUCACCAUUGGCUAUACCGGAUGGGAUUUAUAAUCCAACAACACAGUUUGAAGGUAUCGGUUUGAGCACUGACAGGUAUACAUUGCUUUUUUGCAGAAUGUGGGCAGAUUACAAAGAAGGCUUUGGAGGAUUCCAGAACAAAGGCGAUGAGUACUGGUUGGGUAAUGAUAAAAUCUAUGAUCUGCUUCUUAGAGGAGAAAACUCACUGAAAAUAGACCUGAUGGACUGGCAUGGGGAGAGACGAUAUGCAAUCUAUGAAGACUUCCAGCUCAAGAAUGAGAAGAACCACUACAGGAUAUCCUUUGGCACUUUCUCUGGAACUGCUGGGGAUGCUUUGUCUGGAGGGAGCAAUUUUGACAGACAGUGGUCUGCAUCACUCAAUGGGAUGCCAUUCUCUACUCCUGACAGGGACAAUGACAGGUUCCUAACAGGCAGCUGCGCAGAAGAGAGCAAAUCUGGCUGGUGGUUUAAUAGAUGCCACACAGCAAAUCUCAAUGGAUUAUAUUACAAGAAAGGGAAAUAUACUGCUUCCUCUGACAAUGGAGUGGUCUGGUCGACGUGGCGAGGACUGUGGUAUUCCCUGAAAUACACAGCCAUGAAAAUAAGGCUCCCGUCUUUUGUGGAUAGAGAGAGUGGGGAUGGUGAAGCCGACUGAGACACAUCAUGUACGCAUCUCGGAAAUAGAAGACAGCAUGGGGGGAAAAGUCAUUUGAGGGAUUGUAUCCGUUUCUCAGCCAGAGUAAACUUAGUUGUAUGUUGAAGAACUCAAGCUGUGGCAGUUCAGAAGCUACUUCAAAAUGCACACAACUGCCAAAUAUGUACUAAGGUGGAUUGCCCAUGCUAUCAUUUUGCUUUGCAUUCCCAUUGCUAUUUGAUACCUAUGCCCGACAAUGGAAAUAGAUUUCUUUUUCCCAUGCACAAAACUAGCCUUUAGACUACAGACCAGGGAGCCACUUCUUCCUUGGGAGACUGGGGAAGAAGAGGCCCUGAUCAACCUUGUCAUAACUACUUAGUCAUGUUAAAAAGAGAAAAAAUAAUAAUUUGGAAAAUGUUUCGGCCACUGGGAGGAAGGGACUCCAUGGAUAACAUAAACAAAUUUAACAAAUCAGGUCUUGUUGAGAACUCCACUAGACCAUUUCCAGCAAGGAGGGGAAAUUGUAGUUUUUCAAAAUGGCAAAACCUGCUUCAUUUUUGGCUUUACAUGUACCAGGUGAAUACUUUCCCAACGCUACCAUCAGCCUGCUUCAGCUGUAAGAAAGGUGAGAACUAUGUGGCUCUCCAGAGCUCUAGCCACCAAAGCAAAUGGAAAGGAAUGCUGGGAAAUAUAAUCCAACCUCAUCUGGAGGACUGCAUGAGUCCCACCCCAAGCAUGUGCUGAUUCUGUAUCUGAGUCCUUCUCUUUUUGUGCCUUUUGGGUUUUGUUGGCUCUUCUCAGACUGAGGAAAGGAAAAAAGGUGGGAAGCCUCCUUAGACUGAUGCCAAUGAAACAGAAGACUUGCAUUUUUGCAGUUUUUUUAAAGGAAUAUAUUCUGUGUAAUUUAAAACAUUCAUUUAAAGUGGAAGCUAAAACGCUUAAGGUAAAAUUCUAACAAAACCAUUUGAGUCCACUGCGGAUGGAGCAAAGGUUGAAUGUUCCUGCAGCCUUCUACUAAAAAAAUGAACGAUACCAAUUUCUAAUUCAUGUAAAAGUGAUCAAGUGUCUUGCCAUAAUCCAUGCUGAAUUAAAUAGCAGAAAGAUGUUAUCAUAGCAAAGUCACUAUCACAUCUAGUAAAUACAAAAAAGUGUAAAGUUCU